UCGCAGAAAGCUCUUCAAUAACGCGCACGAAACUCGAGAGAGGACGCGAUCGAUAGGUUCGCAGGAGGAGCAAUGGAUCGAUCCUCGAGGAAUCGAGGUUUCUUGGUGUUGCUUGGGCUUUUGAUCUCAGGAUGUUUGUUUGCAUUCUCAAUUGCAAAAGAAGAAGCUACCAAAUUGGGAACUGUUAUUGGAAUUGAUCUUGGUACAACAUACUCAUGUGUUGGUGUUUAUAAAAAUGGUCAUGUUGAGAUUAUAGCCAAUGACCAAGGGAACCGUAUCACUCCCUCUUGGGUUGCAUUCACUGAUAGUGAGAGAUUGAUUGGUGAGGCAGCGAAGAAUCAGGCUGCCGUGAAUGCUGAAAGAACUAUCUUUGAUGUCAAAAGACUCAUAGGCAGAAAGUUUGAGGACAAGGAAGUGCAAAAGGAUAUGAAGCUUGUUCCAUAUAAGAUUGUGAACAAGGACAACAAACCUUACAUCCAGGUCAAGAUUAAGGAUGGGGAGACCAAGGUAUUUAGCCCUGAGGAAAUUAGUGCAAUGGUUUUGACCAAAAUGAAGGAGACAGCUGAAGCGUUCCUUGGCAAGAAAAUCAAGGAUGCGGUCGUUACUGUUCCAGCAUAUUUUAAUGAUGCUCAGCGACAAGCAACCAAGGAUGCUGGCAUAAUUGCUGGUUUGAACGUGGCUAGGAUCAUCAAUGAGCCAACAGCUGCUGCCAUUGCCUAUGGUUUGGAUAAGAAGGGUGGGGAGAAAAACAUCCUUGUCUUUGACCUUGGUGGUGGAACUUUUGAUGUCAGUAUCUUAACAAUUGAUAACGGAGUCUUUGAGGUCCUGUCUACAAAUGGUGAUACUCAUCUUGGAGGUGAGGAUUUUGACCAAAGAAUCAUGGAGUACUUCAUCAAGUUGAUCAAGAAGAAACAUGGCAAGGACAUCAGCAAGGAUAACAGGGCUCUCGGCAAGUUGAGGAGGGAAGCUGAGCGUGCCAAGAGAGCUUUGAGCAACCAACACCAGGUCCGUGUGGAGAUUGAGUCUCUCUAUGAUGGUAUGGAUUUCUCUGAGCCACUGACCCGAGCCCGCUUUGAAGAACUGAACAAUGAUCUAUUCCGGAAGACAAUGGGGCCUGUGAAGAAGGCUAUGGAGGAUGCUGGUCUGGAGAAGAACCAGAUUGAUGAGAUUGUUCUUGUUGGUGGGAGCACUAGGAUUCCUAAGGUUCAGCAGCUUCUGAAGGAUUACUUCGAUGGAAAGGAGCCUAACAAGGGAGUAAACCCUGACGAGGCAGUUGCUUAUGGUGCGGCUGUCCAAGGAAGCAUUCUUAGUGGAGAGGGAGGGGAAGAAACCAAGGAUAUUCUUCUCUUGGAUGUGGCACCCCUCACUCUUGGAAUCGAGACUGUUGGUGGAGUGAUGACCAAGUUGAUUCCCAGGAACACUGUCAUCCCAACCAAGAAAUCUCAAGUCUUCACUACUUACCAAGAUCAGCAGACUACUGUCUCCAUUCAGGUCUUUGAGGGUGAGAGAAGCCUCACAAAGGACUGCAGAAUGCUUGGCAAAUUUGAUCUAAGUGGAAUUCCUCCAGCUCCCAGGGGCACUCCCCAGAUUGAAGUCACAUUUGAGGUCGACGCCAAUGGCAUCCUGAAUGUCAGGGCUGAAGACAAAGGCACUGGCAAGUCUGAGAAGAUCACUAUCACCAACGACAAGGGCCGUUUGAGCCAGGAGGAGAUCGACCGCAUGGUUCGAGAGGCAGAGGAGUUCGCUGAGGAGGACAAGAAAGUGAAGGAAAAGAUUGAUGCCAGGAACCAGCUCGAGACAUACGUCUACAACAUGAAGAACACCAUCAAUGAUAAGGACAAACUUGCAGACAAGCUGGAGAGUGAAGAGAAGGAAAAGGUGGAUGCUGCUUUGAAGGAAGCUUUGGAGUGGCUUGACGAUAACCAGAAUGCAGAGAAGGAGGAUUAUGAUGAGAAGCUGAAAGAGGUGGAGGCUGUUUGCAACCCAAUUAUCUCUGCUGUGUAUCAGAGGUCCGGUGAUGCCCCUGGUGGUGCUUCUUCAGAGGGUGAGGAUGAUGAUUCACAUGAUGAGCUUUAAGUUUAUGUCCUGGUUCGGAAGUUGCAGCUCUUUACCAUUUUUUCUGGGUGUUUAGAGCACUGUAAUUUUGUGAUAAUUUGAGCGCCAGGAUGAAGAGCACGAGAGAUUUCUGCUCUUUCUGCUGCUCGAUAUUAUAUUUUCCUUUUUAUUUUGGUUUUUCCUUUAACUUUCCUUUUUAAACAAUCUAGUGAUGGCAUCGUUUUCCUAUCCAUGUUAACAGGAAACAAUUUUAUGUGCA